AUUGAACCUGCAACUGGGCCAUGUGCCCUGACUGGGAAUUGAACCGUGACCUCCUGGUUCAGUGCAUAGGUCGACGCUCCACCACUCAGCCAGGCCAGCUGGGUUAAACGUCCAGGCUAUAAACCCCCCCCACAAUGAAGGUCCCAACGUUUGCUAUCCCUCCCAUGAGUACACCUGCAUCUUACCCCUCCCCCUCACCUUCAUGCAUCUCCUAAGGGACCCCACGAGGCUUGCAACCAGGGCAGCAACCAACAGUGGCAUUUCAUCCCAAGCAAACUCCCUGAUUCUGUCCCCAAGGCCCCCCUUUCUCUGACUCAGUGAGUCAAAGCAUCUCAGUUUAGAGCCAUUUUCUCACAGAAUCCCCCUCCUGAUGAGGGGAAGUGGGAGGGGGGGACGUAGACCAACGAUUAACACCAAAAGUGCCGGGAGCGCUAUCAAAGCUUCGAAAUGGCCUCCAGUUCUAAGUCUGCUUUUAUUAGUGAUGAUGAUAUUGCUAAAUAUGUCAAUGCAGUAAAGGUUUCCUUAAGUUUUUGAAAAUGUAACUUCAUUUAUUUGUGAUUCAUAAUUUGUUUCCUAAACUGCUGUAAAAUCAGCAAAAAUGCCUUGGCAAUUUUAGCAAUUUUAGCAUAGUUCCUAGGAUAUUGAUUGGCAUUCAAAGGGUUAAGGCUGUUCUGUAGUGAGCCAGUGCCCCUGGGCUGUGACCUUCACAAGUCCUACUUUCCUCUUGAGACAGGAAGGCCAGGAGGUUUCAAAUUUUAAGCUAUUCCCUCCCCCCCCCCCCUAAACCCCGUAAAUAGUUUCCCUAGAGGGCAGGCUUUUGAUAAGGAGAACAAAUGCUCAGGGUGUUGCAGAAGACAAAAGAAAUACCAAGCAUGAGUCCUAGAGAAAGGGAGGGACCCCAUUUAUUAACACUAGUGGACUCCGGGAAUACUUUCCAAAUCAGAGUGAAGUAACAAGCAGAGGCUUCGCUUUUUAUAACCUUCUGGGGUCUUUGUCCUGCAGAUAUGGUUCUGCCCCCUUUCAUAUGGUUCCUCCCCCUUUCAUGGGCUUACAGGAAGGCCCCCCGCCCCAUGAUGAUCUGUUCUGGGGCCAGCGAUAAUGACCUCCCCCCCCCACCCCAGGGCAGUGCAUUGUUCACAGUUUUUAUGGCCUGACAGGCCUUGCAAAGACCAGUUUCCUCCUCAAGGUCUUAUUUCAAAGUGGGUUAAUUUCUGUUCUUUUAGGAAGUAUGAGGCCAGAGGUGUUUUGUUUUGUUUUUCUCAAUUGUUUGCCCAGAGAAUCUGUUGGGGUUCUGGAGGUAAAACUCACAAAAGUGUGAGCGUUUUCCUAACACUAAAUUCCCCUCGUUUUUUAAUUCUGAAGUUUAUCCACACUGAGCCUCUAGCAAUUCAUCAAGGACAGUUGAAGUGGUCAUACCACUGUGGAUGAAAAGGGGUUCUAUGGAAAGUAACCUCCCGGGAUGAUCUUAAAUUCCUAACUGGGCAGGUCCCGGUGAGUAGUCACACCCUACCUUAAGCAAGACCUGCCCACUGUUUCUGUGAAUCUAGGUUAGCAUACCUUUGAAAUGCCUCCUUUCAGACUCAGCUAGUACAUGCCCAGAAGGCCAUAAGUAAAACCGCCCUCCAGAGAGCACAUGAUCUCAUGAACUAUCCUGUAAUCCAAUCCCUGCCUUGCUUUCUCCUGCCUUCAUGUAAUCUUCCUUUUAGUUCCUCCUAAUUCCAAAUGCGUGAAAGGAAAACCACAAAGCUGUCAUUCAUCGAAGCAUUUGAGAUCUUGCUUCCUGGCAAUUGUCCUCAGUUUUGGCUCAAAUAAACGCAGAAAAAAUUCCCUACAGGUUUGGACAUGUUUAUGUCAACAUCAGUACUGGCUCCAAAAGUGGACUUUUGCUCCAGAACUUCCUUCUAUAAAUUCUUAUGUACACAUUCAUCUCACUGUGAAGUAUAUGGAUCCCCAACCACCUGGGAAUGGAAAACCAAAAGGAGUCCUUGGACUUCAGCAUGAUUACUUCUCAGCUGCUGACUUGUGUGGCAAUUUCAAUUUUCUGUGCCUUAAAAGCCAGCUCCCUGGACACCUUUAUUGCAGCUGUUUAUGAGCAUGCAGUGAUUUUGCCGAAUGCCACCCUGGCACCAGUGUCCCGUGAAUUGGCAUUGGGGUUAAUGAACAGAAAUCUGGACCUUUUGGAGGGAGCGAUCACAUCAGCAGCAAAACAGGGUGCACAUAUUAUUGUGACUCCAGAAGAUGGCCUUUAUGGCUGGAACUUCAAUAGAGAAUCUAUCUACCCAUACCUGGAAGAUAUCCCAGACCCUCAAGUGAACUGGAUCCCUUGUAAUCAUCCCAACAGAUUUGGCCACACCCCAGUGCAAGAAAGACUCAGCUGCCUGGCCAAGGAAAACUCUAUCUAUGUUGUGGCAAAUAUUGGGGACAAGAAGCCGUGCAAUGCCAGCGACCCCCAGUGUCCUUCUGAUGGCCGUUACCAAUACAACACUGAUGUGGUGUUUGACUCUCAAGGAAAACUGGUGGCACGCUACCAUAAGCAAAACCUUUUCUUGGGUGAAGAUCAAUUCAAUGUACCCAAGGAGCCUGAGGUUGUGACUUUCGACACCACCUUUGGAAGGUUUGGCAUUUUCACAUGCUUCGAUAUACUCUUCCACGACCCUGCUGUGGCCCUGGUGAAAGACUUCCAUGUGGACACCAUACUGUUUCCCACAGCGUGGAUGAAUGUUUUGCCACAUCUGUCAGCUAUUGAAUUCCACUCAGCUUGGGCUAUGGGCAUGAAGGUCAAUUUCCUUGCAUCAAAUAUACAUCACCCCUCAAAGAAAAUGACAGGAAGUGGCAUCUAUGCACCUGAUUCUCCAAGAGCAUUUCAUUAUGAUAUGAAGACAGAGAAGGGAAAACUCCUUCUCUCACGAUUAGAUUCCCACCCAAAGCACCCAGUCAUGGUGAAUUGGACUUCUUAUGCUAGUGGAAUAGAAGCAUUCUCAAUGAGAAACAAGGAGUUUAAGGGCACUGUCUUUUUUGAUGAAUACACCUUCUUGGAGCUCAGAGGAGUCACAGGAAAUUAUACAGUUUGUCAGAAAGAUCUCUGUUGUCAUCUAAGCUACAAGAUGUCUGAGAAGAGAGCAGAUGAAGUGUAUGCCCUAGGGGCAUUUGAUGGACUACAUACUGUUGAAGGGAACUACCAUUUACAGAUUUGCACUCUGCUGAAGUGUAAAACAACGAGCUUACACACUUGUGGUCACGCAGUUGAAACUGCUUCUACCAGGUUUGAAAUGUUCUCCCUCAGUGGCACAUUUGGAACCCAGUAUGUCUUUCCUGAGGUGCUGCUGAGUGAAAUUCAGCUUGCACCUGGAGAAUUUCAGGUGUUGAGUGAUGGACGCUUGCUGAGCCUGAAGCCACCACCUGGACCUGUCUUGACAGUAACUCUGUUUGGGAGGGUGUAUGAGAAGGACCACACAUCCAAUGCUUCAUCAGGCUUCAUGGCAUACACACUAACAAUAAUGCUCAUAGUUAUAACAUCUAUACUAUACUCAUUAAAGAUCAACUAAGAACUGCUCAUCUGAAUAUACAACCUGAUAUUUUUUCUGUGACUAACUUAUUAGCUUUUCUUAGAAUGAAUUUACUUAAAAUUCACUUCUUCAAAUGAAUUUUAUUAAAUAUUGCAGCAGUGAAUUUACUAUUAAAAGUGGCACUGCCCUAGUCAGUUUGGCUCAGUGGAUAGAGUGUCGGCCUGCAGACUGAAGGGUCCCAGGUUCCAUUCCGGUCAAGGGCACAUGCCUGGGUUGCAGGCUUGAUCCCCAGUAGGGGGCAUGCAGGAAGCAGCUAAUCAAUGAUUCUCUUUCAUCAUUGAUGUUUCUCUCCCUCUCCCUUCCUCUCUGAUAUCAAUAAAAUUUUUUUUUUAAAAAAGUGGCACUUACUACACUCAAACCCAGCUCGAUUACUUUCUCAGUCUGGAUUUUUUAAUGCGUAUAUUUGUAUUUUAUGAUAAUCUUGAUGUGCUUUUUAACUGUAAUUUUAAUUUCUUCUGCUUAAAUCAUUUGUGAUGCUCAUUUAUACAAACAACACAAUUCAAAGAAAGACCAAUGCUCAAAUACAAUUGUUAAAUCAAUCUUUUUAUACUUUGAUGAAUCAAAUCAUCCAGAGAGCAAUUUUGACACUUCCACCUUUCUUUUUUUAAUUAUUAAAUCUUUAUUGUUCAGAUUAUUACAUGUGUUCCU